GACCAGAUCUCCCCCAUUUCUCCUCCCUCCCCUUUCGCUGCAUCGCACGCUCCUCCGCCUUUCCCGUGUCCCCCGGAGCAGCGCGAGGGUUUCGAACAUGGCGGAGCAGCCGCACGCGGAAGGCGGCGCGAGCCCCAAGCACGAGACCCUGAUGGAGAAGCUCGCCGACAAGCUCCACGUCGGCGGCAAGGACUCCUCCUCGUCCUCGGACUCCGACAACGACGAGCGGCCGCGCCCCUCGGCGCCGCCCGCGCCCGCCGCCGAGGUCAAGCCCUCCUUCUCCGACUCCGCCGCCACGGCGGCCGCCGAGGCCAAGGCCAAGGUGUUCCGCCUCUUCGGCCGCGAGCAGCCGAUCCACAAGGCCCUCGGUGGAGGCAAACCUGCUGAUGUGUUCCUGUGGAGGAACAGGAACAUCUCUGCUGGAGUGCUUGGUGGUGCCACUGCAAUCUGGAUCCUUUUUGAAUUGCUUGGCUACCAUCUUCUGACCUUCGUUUGCCAUGGUCUCAUAUUCUCUUUGGGUGUUCUCUUUCUCUGGUCUAACGCCUCCUCGUUCAUCAACAAAUCGCCCCCACAGGUCCCAGAGGUGAUCAUUCCUGAAGAUCUGGUUGUCAACAUUGCACUAUCUACUCGUUAUGAGAUCAACAGGGCCUUCGCCAAUCUUCGCCAGAUUGCUCUUGGCCGGGACAUAAAGAAGUUCCUUAUGGUGAUUGCUGGGCUUUGGUUGCUUUCUGUUCUUGGGAGCUGCUGCAAUUUCUUGACCUUGGUUUACAUUGUCUUUGUGGUGCUGCACACAGUCCCUGUCCUCUACGAGAAGUAUGAGGAUCAGAUCGACUCGUAUGGCGAGAAGGGGUGGGUUGAAAUUAAGAAGCAGUACGCCAUGUUUGAUGAGAAGGUUCUGAGCAAAGUACCAAGGGGCCCCGCGAAAGACAAGAAGCACUAGAAACACAAGUGAUUCGGUGUUACUCUCGGUAGGGAAUGCUAGCAAGUGGUUCGAGUUUGUCAGGAGGCAUCAAGACUCCCUUUUUGUGGUUCGAGCACCUAUCGCCUUGUGUUAUUACGGCUGCCUUGUUUGGUCUUUUGAUGGGGGUAGCCGGAUAGCUUUGCCCUACAACAGUGAUGCAGAUGCAGCAUACGAUUUUCUUGUACUGCUGUUUGAUUUUGAUCUGUGUUGUAAGAUGUAGCGCGUGUACUGUACCAGUGACGCUGUUUUUUCUACCUAUAUGGAUGCAGUUUGGAGUUUGGUUAUAUUUA